AUGGCGGAGAUAAUCCAGGAACGUAUAGAAGAUCGGCUCCCAGAAUUGGAACAGCUGGAGCGCAUUGGGCUGUUCAGUCAUGCGGAGAUUAAAGCUAUCAUUAAGAAAGUGUCAGAUCUGGAGUAUAAAAUACAACGAAGAGCCCUUGUUAAAGAAGAUUUUAUCAAUUAUGUUCAAUAUGAAAUUAAUCUUUUGGAGCUGAUCCGGAGAAGAAGAUCUCGCAUUGGAUAUUCAUUUAAGAAGGAUGAGAUAGAGAAUUCAAUGGUACAGCGUGUACAAGGUGUCUUUAAACGUGCUUCAUCAAAGUGGAAAGAUGAUGUUCAACUUUGGCUGUCCUACAUAGUUUUUUGUAAGAAAUGGGGGGCCAAAGUUCAACUUAGCAAGGUAUUCUCUGCCAUGUUGGCCAUUCAUUCAAAUAAGCCAGCUCUGUGGAUCAUGGCUGCCAAGUGGGAGAUGGAAGAUCGCUUGUCUUCAGAGAGUGCAAGACAACUUUUUCUUCGAGCUCUACGCUUUCAUCCAGAGUGUCCAAAACUUUAUCAAGAAUACUUUAGGAUGGAACUGAUGCAUGCUGAGAAAAUGAGAAAGGAAAAGCAAGAAUUUGACCAAGCAAAAAUGGAAGUGGAAAAUCUUGAUUAUACUGAAGAAAUCCUAACUGGUGAACUGGCACGGAUCAUCUACAAAAACUCUGUGAGAAUUAUUAAAAGUGCAGAAUUUCAUGUGUCAUUGCUUUCAAUUGCACAGCUAUUUGAUUUCGCCAAAGAUUUGCAAAAAGAAAUUUAUGAUGACCUUCAGACGCUUCACACAGAUGACCCUCUCACUUGGGAUUAUGUGGCCCGGCGAGAAUUAAAUGUCGAGUCUCAGCCAGGAGAGGAGCAGCCUGCAACAAAACAAGCCAGGACAGUGGAGAUGGACCAGAAGGAGGAGCGCUGCUGUGCUGUCUAUGAUGAGGCAGUGAACACUCUGCCUACAGAGGCCAUGUGGAAGUGUUACAUCACCUUUUGCUUGGAGAGAUUUGCUAAGAAGACAAGUAAUAAAUCCCUCAGAGAGAAGAGGCUGGAAAGAACCAUGAUUGCAUUCAGAAGGGCACAUGAACUCAAACUUCUGCCAGAAUUGCAGUACAAGCAAUGGAUUGACUUGCUCCUUCACCAUAAAUUCUUGAAGGAAGCUCUGGAGGUGGCUGUUGCUGGGACAGAGUUGUUCCGAGAUUCAGUGACAAUGUGGCAAAUGAAGCUGCAGGUGCUGACUGAAUCCAAGAGCCCUGACAUCGCCAUGCUGUUUGAAGAAGCUUUUGGAAACUUAAAACCCCAGGCUUGCCUGCCAUUGUGGAUUUCCUGGGCAGAGUGGAGUGAAAAUACCAGAAGCCCAGAAGAUGCUGAAGCAGUCUUUAAGAAGGCAUCCCUAGUGGUCACAGGUGCUGACUCAGUAACCCUGAAGGAGAAGUAUCUAGAUUGGGCUUAUCGAAGUGGUGGCUACAAAAAGGCCAGAGCAGUGUUUAAAAGUUUACAGGAAAGCCGUCCAUUUUCAGUUGAAUUUUUCAGGAAAAUGAUCCAAUUUGAAAAGGAGCAAGAAUCCUGCAAGAUGAUGAAUUUAAGAGAAUUCUAUGAGAGGGCUUUAAGAGAGUUUGGGUCUGUAGAUUCUGAUCUUUGGAUGGAUUACAUCAAAGAGGAAUUGAAUCACCCUCUUGGUAGACCUGAGAACUGCGGCCAGAUCUAUUGGCGAGCCAUGAAGAUGUUGCAGGGAGAGUCUGCUGAAGCAUUUGUGGCUAAGCAUGCAAUGCAUCAGGCUGGCCAGUUGUGAAAAGAACACAUUCAACUUCGUGGAAAAGUUUUAUAAGAGCC